AUGGCGGAAUCGGCAGAAGAGGAGAUCGAUGUCGAAGGUAUUUCCGAUUGUCAGCAAGUAUCAAAUUUAAAAGAUCUGGCUGACGACGAUCACAAAGAUAAGUGGUACGAAAACUAUGAUAUAAUAAUAUGUUUUACAAUAACUCUUUUUAACAAGUCUUACAUUGAUUAGUGAUAAAAAUUGAGCCAUGUUAAAUCGAAGGUAGGAGAUGGUCAUUUUAAACUGUUUGUUUAUACAUAACGUAGGCUUUGAAUUUAAAUAUUGACUUAUUAUUUUUUAGGUAUGAUAAGGACGCCAGCAAUCAGAAUUUUUUUAAUCCCUCUGGAAGCUCAUUCUCGUCGGAAUAUUGCGAUCCUAAUUCAUGGCUUUUAGACACAAAUUCGGUGAGAAGUUUACAUUUUGUGUGUUAAUGUGUUAUUUGAUGUAAGCAAGAUUGACAGUGUUAAAACCAUUAACCAUAAUCCAAUGAAAUAUUUCCAAACCAUGAACAGAUGAAAUAUUGACAUUUUGGGGAAAUCAUUCGCUGAAGCUUUAGGUCAUGUUUGAAAUUUUUACUGAUUUGAAGAGUCAGGCAUCUUUUCCAAAACAGCUAUUGUUUAUAUCACAAACCUCGAGUGUAUAUUUUAAAGCUCGCGUACGCAACAUAAAAUGAACGCGAUGAAAAAAAAAAAACAAAAAAAAACAGUGUACGAAUACCUUAAAAAGUUCAGUCUGAAUUUUCUAAUGUGAUUCUUUUGUUUAUGACAGAAUUAGAAUUAUUUAAAAUCAGAAUUAUAUUAAAUCGGGGUUGCAUCUAAUAUUAUUAGCUCCUUACUUUGACUUAUAAUCGUUAACAUUGAACAGGUUUGGUCCUUGGAUCCUUGCACUGAUGACAAGAGUCGUUCAGCUAUUGAGAAAAUGAUUCUAGAAGAACAGUAUCCUUACUAUAUGUGUUGAAAAAUCUAAAGUCAUUGUACCAGAUUUUUGAGAUAUGAGUUCAACUGAACCCUUUCAUACCAGAGGUGAUUAACUGGAAGUUUCUCCUAAGUUCAAAAUUAUCCAACAGACAGGUAAUGAGUCAGAAUAACCCAAACCUUUUCAAUUAGAGGUUGUUUCCUUGAUCACACAUGAACUUCUCUCUACUAAUAUACAGGGAAACAUAUAGCUGAUAGUACAGAGAAUCAUGGAAAAGAUCUUGGAUUAAGUGCAAGAAUCAACCCUUUAAUAUCAUUAUGCAUAUUCUCCAUACUGAUCUCUACACAUUUCGUAAGAUGCUGACAAGGAGAGUUUGUGUAAUAAUCAAGAGGUUCUUUAGUCAGGGAUCAUUACUUUCAUUCUCAUGAACUUAAUGUGUGAUUCAGGGGUGAUUUUGUGUGGAUAAAUUAGAUGCUGGUCACCCUUAGGUGUUGAAGAGUUAGGAGACUGGAGAUAUUUAAGUGUUGUUUUUGUUGUAUAGGCUUCAAUUUUUUAGAAGUGAAGUAAAAAAGACUUAGAGGUCGUAGUGUGUAUUGUGUAUAAUUUAUUUAACCAGAAACAACACAAACUAUCUUCAUUUCAGUUCCUUUUCCAAGAAUGCAGACUUUUAACAUUAACAAAAUAAAUUUUAUUUUUAUAUAUCUCCUUUUCAUGAACAGUGUUGCUCCUUAACUUGAAUUGUAGAAUGUAUGCUUACAGGUCAACACCAAUCAAACUGGACAAAACACCAACGGGUAAGACAUGCAAUUAGUUUUAUUACUGAAUUAUAAUCUUUUGAUUUUAAACAAGCACGGAAUUUCAAAAUGUUCUGCAAAAUUCUGGGGGUUUUGGUUGAGGUUGGGGCAUGGACACUGAUUUUGAAUUUAGUAUGGUUUUAUUGUUUUGUUUGUUUGUUUGUGUGUUUGUUUUUACAGCAGUAACCAUAUUAAUAUACUGCAUUUAAUUUUGCAGGGGAGAAGAAAAGGCAAACUUGUGUUGGAAGGUAUAACAUUUAUUUGAUUAUUUACCUCAAUAAAAAAUGUUGAUUGCCACCAGGUUGUGGUAUUUACUUUUAUAGGCUUCCUUACUUAUUCACCUCUGGUUCACCGAAAAAACAUAUUAAUCUAUUCUUACCCUAGUUAUAGUGAACCAACUGUGUUAUACUUUGCUUUCUUGUAUGUAGAAAUUUAACCCUAUCAAUCCCAAAUCUGAUAAGUAAUUUGCCAUACUGCCUACGCAAAAGCCAAAAGGUCAUAAAUGUUUAUUGCCUUUUGUCACAAUGUACUACUCUGCUGUUAAAAAUUAAAAAAAUAUAUAUUGAUGGAACAUUGGAGUCUGAUACACAAUCAGCCACUACUGAAAAAAAUUUUUACAAAUUGUCUCUCAAAAAAAGGGGAAAUCCCUAAACCCUGUAACUCCCAAGAUCUCAUUAGUAAUUCUCCUUACUGUCUGCCAUACAAUUUAUAUAAUGUUAGUUUGGAGAAUUUGGAAUUGGAUCAACUAAUAAUCCCCCAAUUUAUAUAUUUUUUAAUUCUCAUUACUUGUCUACUUGAUAUUGUACUGAUUGUGUAAAAAGAAAUUCUGUCUUGGUCACUAGUGGGACUUAAAGGGUUAAAGACACGCUAGUGAGAGCAAAACUAUAAUAAGGCGUUGAUGUGACGUGACCACAAAACCACAUGGGAGUCCAUGCUGGUCUGUGUUUACCUUUAUUCUCAAUUUUUAUGUUGUUACUUCAAAGAUUUCAGUAUUUAAUCAACUUAUAAUCCCAUAAUUGACAUUGUUCUUAAUUCUCAUUACUUGUCUGCUUGAUAUUGUAUCGAUAUUGUAAGGAGAAAUUCUGUCUUGAUCGCUCAUGGGAGUUAAUGGGUUACAAAGUGAUUCCAAAAUUCAACUUGUGAUAACUUUUUGAAGUAGAUUGCAAUUGAAAUUAAUAGAUAAUAAUAAUUAUUUAUAAACAUUUUUUUUUCUUCAAGGAAUUCAAAUUCAAAUGUGAAGAAGGGAAUCACCAAGUUGAACCCCAAAAGGUAAAAAAUAUAAAAUUUACGGACAAUGCCAUGUGUCAAAGUUAUUUCAAAAAAGCUUCAACUAGGAUAUCUUGAUUUACCUGUAACAAAUUGAUGAAACCUUUCGUCUUGAUGUGUUUCAAAAAUUUUUGAAAUUCAUUUUACAAAUAUUUUGGUCUUGUACUAAAACUGUGCAGACAUAAAUCAGCUUUUUGGACGGAGGAAUUUUAGAAACCAAAAAAUUUUAUCUGAACCUCCUGAUUCUUGGAAUGGUUAAAGCAUUAUACCAUCCACAUAAGCAAUGCUCUACCUUUUUUGAAAUUUGUGUUGUUGUAGGGAACAACCUUCAGCAACUCACAGAAAACCUUGGACAAUUGAGGAACAAGAACUCUUUGAACAAGGAUUGGUAAGUUUACUCAAGAAUCAAAAUCAAUUCUACUUUUCACAGUAGGUUAAAAAUUGAAAAGAGUAGAGCUGGUGUGGACCUACAUGGACUUAAUACAACAGUACUCCAUUUAUAAACAUUUGUAAAUUUAAAUUAUAGUUAAUAGAUAUCUUUAAUAAAUAUAAUCUUGGUGUUAUUCAGAGAUAAUAGAGGCUUCUUUCUUAAAUGACAUAUUGACCAUGUAAAUUGUCAAAACUUGAUCAGUUGUUCUCCUUUUAGUUUAGAGAAUUUGGUUUUUUAUCAAGGUACACUGUCACACCUCUUGUUAAUUAUUGUAAUCGCCUUUAAGUCAUCUUCCUUUGGUUUUUUUCAUACUUCUGUCGUGUUUGCCCACACUCAUAAAGUGUUGUGUUGAGGUAAGGUUUUGGAAUUUGAAGUGCCACAUCUUUGAAAAUCAUGUCAGCCCUUCAACUCCAAUGAGUGACCAGAACAGAAUUUCUCCUUACUAUAUCUACACAAUAUCAUUCAGACAAGUGAUAAGAAUAAAGAAAAAUAUCAAUCAUGGGAUUACUAAUUGAUCCAAUACCAAAUUCUCCAAAAUAACGGAAUGAGAAUCAUUUGGCAGACAGUAAGGAGAAUUACUAAUGAGAUAUUGGGAGUUACAGGGUUAAGUGAUAUGCUGUGUAUGUGUCCAAGUGCUUUAUCUAGAAUACAAUCUUCGUUGUCGAUAACAAAUAUAAAAAUUGAUAGCAAAGUGAUUUGUUUCUGUAGGAAUUGUAUGGCCGAAGUUGGACAAAGAUAGCCAGCAUGAUUGAAACACGGACGGCUCUGCAAGUGAAGAACUAUGCUAAGCAAUAUUUUAGACAAAAGGUACCGUGUGCCGCAGCAUUAUACGCGCUUCACGCGCAUGCAAUUCCCACGCACUGCACGCGUGAAACACGCACACUGCUUGGAAUAAAAAAUAUCCUCGAACGUAAUUUAAUCCAUCAACUAGAGCUACUGCAAACUGUAUUUUUUUUUUCUGAGUUGUUCGUUGGUACAAGCAGUUACAACACAGCUAAACGACUAGUCUGCUCGUAGACCUUCAGAUCUACUGUCUAGUUUUGACCAGGGUGCAAGCUGAAUAAAAGCCGCCGAAGUUGUUGUUUUCUUCCCUUCCUCUCCGCUGUCGACCUUGCGUUUGGCGCUUGCUCUGCCCUUCCCCGCUCAACUAAAGGAACACUGUUCCUUUUCAUUUCUGCAGAAUAAAACUUUCGCACAGUCAGGAGCAGCUAAGGAAGGACAGUCCAAUGAAACUAUUUUUGUUUCUGAAGUACAAAUACAGCAAGUCCUAGAUGACAAUAUCAUUUCGGAAGACGAUUCAGUGAUCCAUUCUACGUCUGUACUUCCUACAGUUGUCGUGGACAAGGCACAGGAUGAAUCUGAUGACGAAGAUAUUGAGGUGGACGUGGACGGAUCUGAUAGUGAACAGUCAGAUACUCAUUUAAUUCCCGGUAAUUUGAAAUAUUCAGUAUUGUUAUGAAAAUUCACUGGUGAAAACAGUGUUUUGCUUUCUUUUUUUUCCUCUUCCAUCUCGUUAGGAUGAGUGCCUGACUAUAAUAAUAGCUUUUCUCAGUUUUCUUGUUUCCUUUCUCUUAGGAAAAUUUUGUUUUCCUGUCAUCUACUCGUUUCUGUUUUGUUUCUUCCUCUCGUCCCAUUACAUUUUCGUUCCCAUCUCCUCUCAUCCCAAUUUACUCUGGCUCCUAUUUCCUCUCGUCCCAAUCCAUUCUCGUUCCGAUCUCUUCUCGUUCCAAUCUUUUCUCGUCCCCCUCUUCUUUCGUCCCAGUCUAUUCUGAAUCCCAUCUCCUCUCGUCACAAUCUAUUCUCGUUCCCCUUCUCCUCUCGUCUUAGUUUGUAUUCAUUCCCGUAUUCACCAAUACAAAUCUUAGGGUUAGUCCUAAUUUUUUGUAUCCCAAUCUGUUCUCGUCUCAGUCUCCCCUCUUAUUAAUCUCUUAUCGUUCUUAUACUUUCUCGUCCAAAUAUUUCCUCGUUUUAAUCCUCCUUUACUCUUCUCAUAACGACAUAUGUGAAACAUAGCGCUAUUAAAACGUUUACGAGCUUUUUUUGAUUUCAAUGAAUUUGCUUUACUGCAGGUCAAACGACAUCAUGUCCCGAGGCUGUUUAUUCGGCCCUGGUUCACGCUGCAGAAGUAGAAAACCAACAGAUAAGUUUGGAAGAGAAUCCUGUCACUAUCCUUCCAGAAAGCAUGUCGCCGAACUCUUCGAAAACAGAGGCCAGCAUCUCUGCUAUCGAUGUCAGAUGUUUUCCGAAUUUGGAUAAAAAAUCGCUGUCUGAAAAUAGAACUUCUUCAUCUUUAUCAAAAUCAUUCCUGGAUAUGGCCUCUUUAAACGAAACUGAAGUUAAAGAGGUGAAGAACUAUGAUCGUUUAUGUUAUGGUGUGGAAUAUGGAAAUCAUUUGCCAAAUGAAUGUGAAGAGGAAUCAUCUUUAGAGAAGCAGUGUUUUCCAGACGGACUCGCUAAGAGCCUAGAAAUAAUUUCGAAAAGCGAUUGUGUUCAAAGUAAAGAUACAGGCCACAAUUCUCGAGCGCCAGUCGCAAGUGAAAAAGGAGAUGAUGUAUCUGCUAGAGACUGGGAGGCAGCGACAAGUGGUGAAGUGACUAGCUCUGAACUGAUAGACUCGUUAGACCGGGAGCAGCCUGGGGCUGACGUGACUUCACUUAAACCAAUCACUAUCGACAGAAAUGUUAUACAGGAUUUAGAGAAAGAUCACAAUAUGGAAUUUUUCAUGGGGCGUGCUCUAAAGACACCAGAGCGAUAUAUGAAAAUCCGCAACUACAUUCUCGACAUGUGGGAAAAAACUAAACCGAAUUUCCUUUUCAAAACGGCCGUGAGGAGCGGGCUUCGAAACUGCGGCGAUGUCAACUCUAUAGGAAGAGUUCACGCAUUUUUAGAAGAUAUUGAGGCUAUAAACGAAGGUUGUUUGGAUAGACCAGUUCCCCGCGUCCGACAGCAAGACGAGGCUACAGAUGCAAAGGUAAACGUUCAUAUGGAAUCUUGGGUAAAUUCACUUAGACCGAGGAGAAAGCGACAGAGGAAUGAAGAGGGAGACUGGAUCGACCCGAGUAAAGCUGAAGGGAUGACGAUACAGGUAUCUUGUGGCCUUUUUUCUAAAGAACUAUGUUUACUCUUGGAGGAUUUUACACGCGGUGGUCAAAUAUAGAGCCCAAAAGGUCUGGGUUAGAGACCAGGGAAGGCCUUUGCAUUGUGUUCUUGUGUUCUUUAAACUUAAAAUUUUGCAGUUGUUUUUUUAUCUGAAAACUUUAAUUUCCAGCACUUGUCUCCUGACAAAGAAGCUUCACCCAAUGGAUCCUUGAACGAAAAGGGCUCCCCGUCAGUCCCCAGGAAAAGACCUUCCCGAAGCAAGCCCUCGUACGAUCCGUUCUUACUCGUUCCCUGUCGGAAGUUUCCUUCGCUUGGUGCUGUGCCUUUUGAUGUUCACAUCCAAUCAGAGACUUUGGUGGUCAUGGACACGCAUGCGCACAUGUCAACCACUGAGGUGAUAGGUCUGCUUGGAGGACAUUACUCACAUGACUCGAGAGUAUUGAAGGCGAGUUGUCAGUUAUGUUCCUUACAAACUUGAACACUGAUCGAUUGCGUUUGUUGCAAAAAUAGUCUCAACCGUUCAUUCAUUGUUUUGCUUGUGUAGGUUUCCAAGGCGAUCCCUUGUCGUAGCUUAAGCACAGGACUUCAGUGUGAAAUGGACCCUGUAUCUCAAACGCAGGCCUCUGAAGACUUAGCGCUCCGAGGAUUGGCUGUAGUGGGCUGGUACCACUCUCAUCCCACGUUCGCUCCCAUUCCUUCCGUGCGCGACAUAGAAACUCAAGCAAAAUUUCAGGUAACUCCUGAUGUCGUAAAUGGGGUAAGGUAGGGUGGAGGGGGGGGGGUUAUUUCAGUUUAAUGGAAUUUCUCGGGUUAGGAGAAAAAGUAACGUCACUCUUGUUUUUGCUCCACUCUUUUUGCCAGGGAGAGGGGUAUUCGUGGUCUAUCUCCGUACCUAUUCUUUUUAAAAUAGUUUGUAAGAGGUACCCCUUUCAAAGAGCUGACAUUGCUUAAUGACAUACCUUUCGCACACUCACCUCGGAAAACUACUUCUCUUUUCCAAACCGGCAGACAAGGGUUAAACGAUGUUAUGAAACGGCAUUAAAGCAUCCCCCCUUCCUCCCAACAUCCCAUCCCCAUGACCAUAAAAUUGGCUCGAUCCCGGACCACCCGGCCAAAAGGCCAGGGCCCAGUUGUAUUAAGGACGGAUAACGCUAUCCAACGGAUAGAUCGCUAUCCAGCGGAUACGUGAUGGCAAAACGUGCUGCGCUAUCUACCGAAUUGAGAUUUGUCUUGUAAAUAGUGUUAUUCAACCUUUAAACAACUAGGGCUAGUUUAUUUCUUUAGUAGACAACCAGAUAUCUUCAUAUUUUUAAUUUUUCUGUGAACAGGAAUGGUUUGGAAAGGGCGGAGCACCCUUCAUUGGAAUAAUUGUCAGCCCGUACAAUUACAGUAAUCUGUCUAACCAAUCACAAAUAAGAUGCUUGACAAUCAGUGACGAGUGGGAGUCGGCUGGCCAGUAUAGGUUGCCGUAUCAGUUUGAUUACGAGGUGUUCAGAAACGAGGCUGAUGAAGAUGAUACGGUGGAACAAGUGAGGAACAUCGCAGACGACUACAGGAGAUAUCCAUUGUGAGAUUUUUUUUCUUUUUCUAACUGCACUUUACGAGCUGAAACAGCGUCCUACUGUAUGAAACUUUCUAAGAUUACCAUUUACCGAUGAUUUUAUAGGAGAACACUUUGUCUGCAAUGUAACUAUUUUGUAAAAAAGUUUUCAUUAGAUUGAGCGAGUUUCAUUUGUAUUGGGAUCGCAAUGGUUUUGCUUUCCUUCGCUAUUUGAUUGGUUCAGAAAACUCGCGCCACUCUCUCAACCAAUCAGAUGAGAAUUUAAAUCAAUCUCAACUUGCUCACCCUCGAUUUCCCGCGCUUGGAGGAGUUUGCUUGUGGUUCAUCUGAGUUAUCAUCGGCUCCUUGUGAUGUUUUCUUUUGUUGUGAUUGGCCGGUCGUGAUAACCUAGGUUUUGAAUUGCAUUCACAAAAUGCUCUUGAUUGACUUUUGUCAUCACUUGUCUCAUUUUCAGCCGUGUUCAAUUCAACAGACGAUUUGGUGCAUCUGCAAACUUGGACCUCUUAGACAAGCUUUUGGACUCAUUGCGCGUCCGUCUAAGUGUUUCAUCCGAAGACCAAAGAGAAGGAUUCUUAACCAGGUUAAAGAACACCAUCUCGGAGAAUAUCAAAGCUCAUUCGCCCAUAUCAGACAACAAGCCGCCAAGAAGCACUCGGGACGACUUGUAAUGAUCAUUAAAUGAAUUUUCGGAUCGUUCCGGUGCAGGAAAUACUCAAGACCUUUCGUAUGCAUCUUGGCCGGACCAUUCUACUUAUUGAUUUUAUUAUAAUAAUAAUGAUUAUUAUUGUUGUUGUUAUUAUUAUGAUUAUUAAUAUUAUCACUAAUAUUACUGCGGUUGAUAUUACUCUCAGCUCAUACAUAUUAAAGAAAUUUUCUUUAAGAAUUAUUUACAUUUAAGGAGUUCUUAAUCAUAAGAUUAGCUUGACUCAUUAUGAAACGAUUUUUGUAAAAAUGUUUAAAGAAAGUUAAAUGGUAUAAAUGUGUGCGGUGUACAAAUUCAAUGCUAAAGAAAUGUCUUAUUCCAAAAUCUAAGGUGAAAGGGGAGUUUUCAUUGCUUAGUUUUUGAAAUAUUAUGAUGGCUGUAUAUUGUUGUAAAUAAAUAUUUAAAAGCGAGAAAGCUAUUUAAGUCAAGAAUAUCUGAAUAAAAGAUUAAUCAUAAAUUGUAAACCAAAACGCCGUUC